UUCAUUGCAAUCGUACGUUAAAUUGAGGCGCAGAAAGCCUAAAUAUUACCACUAAAGCUUUUCAUUAAACAUAAAAACCUUAAUAUUACCUAAAUAUGCUUAAAAAUCUAUGUAAUUUCUAAAAUUACAAUUUAAAACAAAGAAACAGUACCAUUAAUAUGACACCCACUGUACUUAACUUGCAACAGCUGUUGCUUUAAUACAACAGGUUUGGCGCGCAAACUCAAGUUUUCGUUUGUGAUGAAAUUUCGUGCAUUAAUUUUCGCUGCGCAAAUUAUAAAUUUAUUUAAAAAACUUUAUUUAUGCCGUUGCAAAAAUGUCUGCACGUAGUUGUGUGCCGAUGCAGCAAAAGUAUAAUCGUGUAAUUGUGCUGGUGGACAUGGAUUGUUUCUUCUGUCAAGUGGAGGAGAAACUAAAUCCGCAAUUGCAAGGACAACCGUUGGCUGUGGUGCAGUAUAAUGCCUGGCGUGGCGGCGGUAUUAUUGCUGUGAACUAUGCAGCGCGUGCCAAAGGCGUAACGCGUCAUAUGCGCGGCGAUGAGGCAAAGGAACGUUGUCCGGAAAUACAAUUGGUUAAAGUGCCAAAUAUACGCGAAAAGGCCGAUUUGGGCAAGUAUCGUGAGGCCGGCAAAGAAGUGGCGAAUGUGCUGCAACGCUUUACACCAUUGUUGGGGCGCGCUUCGGUCGAUGAGGCGUAUUUGGAUAUAACCGAAGAGGUCAAUAAGCGUUUGGGCGAUAUGAAUGCGGGUUCAUUUAUGCUCCAACCACAAGGCCUUAUAAAUACCUAUGCCGUAGGUUAUGCGGGCAUUGGUGAUUAUUUAAAUGUGAUAACGAAACGUUUUAACGACCCUAAUGCGGAUGAUUUCGAUUUAGAAAACGUUUCAUUCACACAAGCUUAUGAUGACACUGAUAUGGCCGCGGUGCGUCAAAGUGAUAUACGCUUGCUUAUCGGUGCGGCGGUGGCAAGUGAAAUGCGUGCUGCGGUUAAAGCCGAAACUGGUUAUGAAUGUUCCGCUGGUAUUGCGCACAAUAAAAUACUCGCAAAAUUGGCUUGUGGCAUUAAUAAACCAAAUAAGCAGACCAUUUUGCCACUGGGGCAGAUACCAAAGUUAUUCGAAACUCUACCGCUUACCAAAAUACAAGGAUUAGGUGGGAAAUUCGGCGAAAAUAUAUGCACCAGCUUGAAUAUACGCUUUUUAGCAGAGCUCUUGCCGUUUUCUGAACAGGAGUUGCAGCGCAAAUAUGAUGAGAAAAAUGGCACAUGGUUGUAUAAUAUUUGUCGCGGCAUUGAUUUGGAAGCGGUCACACCGCGCUUCUAUUCCAAAAGCAUCGGUUGUUGCAAGAAAUUUCCUGGCCGCAAUAACAUAACUGGUCUAAAUACACUGCGUCAUUGGUUGGGCGAAUUGGCUAAUGAAAUUUGCGAUCGCAUGGAAAAAGAUAUGUUGGAGCAUAAUCGUCGUGCCAAACAAAUGGUGCUCAGUUUUAUACAAGACUUUGAGGGUGUAGAAGUGUCUAGUUCACGUUCAGUGCCACUUAAGGGUUACGAUCAAGAGACAUUAACCAAAAGCAGUUUGGAAGUGCUGCAGACGCAUACGAAACAAUUUUUCAAAACCGGCAGCUCAUUGGCUUUGCACAAUCCCAUCAAAUUUUUGGGUAUCAGUGUGGGGAAGUUUGAAACAAUACAAAGUGGACAAAGUAAAUUGCAGGAAAUGUUUGCCAAUAUGGCAGCUAAGAAGAAAAAUGAAACGGUUAAUGAGUUGACAACGACAGACCGCGAGGACAUACAAGAUACACCAGAACCUGUUGCGAAGAAACCGACUUUUAUGCAAAAUUUUUUGCAACGCGAUUCUAAAGCAAAUAAUAAAACAGUUAAUAACAAUGCAAGUGCUACCAAUGUGAAUAUAGAUUUAACAGCAACUAAUAACAAUGCAAGUGCUACCAAUGUGGAUAUAAAUUUAAAAGUGUCCGAAGCAGAGCCGACUGCUGUGAGUUCAAUAAAUGAUACAGCUAACAAUACAAAGCCAACGGAAGUACGUAGCUUCUUUCUGAAUGCUUUAAAGAAGCAAAGAACUAGCGACGAUACAUGCACAUCAACUGCUGUUAAAGAUGAAACUGUGAUUAAUAUGUCCACCAAUAAUAAUGAAGCAGCGCCUAAAGCUGAUAAUUCAAAAAGUUUUUUCGCCAAGUUUUUAAAAAAAGCUGAACCGGAAGACACGCAACAACCAGCAAACACCGAAAACCAUGAGGCAAUGUGCCAAAGCGACAGUGAAAUAGAUUUAACUAUUGAGCCAACACAAGGAAGGGCUGAGGCAACAUUUGAAAGCGGUACAUUAGAUGCCACCCCAAACAACCAUGAUACAAAUGCAAGCGUUGGCUCAUUAGCUACUAAACGCAAAUUUACGGAUUUGCACGACAACUCAACGUCAACCCAAAAAGCACUUAAAAUAGAGUCACAAAUAAUGCCAACGCGUACACCUUCACCAACCUAUGAAGCAACUUAUGCUGAAUUUGCGGUGCCCGAAUUGCGCGCAGAAUUCAUACAGCUGACAAAAUGUGCCACUUGUAAUGCAAAUAUACCCUCCGAUGCACGCUCAAUGCAAUUGCAUCAAGACCAUCACAUAGCCAUGCAGCUUAGCCAACAAAUACGUGACGAGUAUCGCACGGAAGUGAAAACUAAACUCAGCGCACAGAAGUCCACAGCAACUGCAGCCGCAACCAACAAAAAACCAAAAAAGUCACCAGUGCAAUCCACUAAAGCGGCCAACAGCAAAGCUGGCACAAGCAUAACCAAAUUUCUAAAACCCACUGCUACUAGUACAACAACAGCAACUACAACAACAAAUGCAACCUCACUUGUUGCACCUGCUACGGUUGUGAUCGAUCUCUUGGAUGCCACUGUGCUGGAUACGGUGGUCUGUGAGGAGUGCAACUUGCCCAUUGCUACUACUCAAUUGCAAGAGCAUAAAGAUUUUCAUGUUGCAAAAGCUUUGCAGCGUCAACUCAAUAUGUUGGAGGUGCGCACUGUGUCGCCGGUUGCUAAAAAGUCAAACGCUCUUAGUAAUAAAAGCUUGAAUUUAAGUCACGCGAGUGUUAAAACCGCGAAACCCAUAACGCAAUUCUUUUCACAAUCAAAUUGUUAGUUAACUAAGUUAAUACAUAUAUAAGUGUGCUAAGUAAGACAAUAUACAUACAUACAUACAUAAGUGUUCUAAGUAAGCCAGUAUUCAUAUAUGAAAUAUAAGCCGUUAACCAUAUGCCGUUUGAGGAUCACUACAAAUACACAUACAUACAAUUUUCAACUUUCAAAAUCCCAUACAAACAGCAUAAGGUAAGCGUUUUCUUUAUUAUUUUCGUUUAUUUUAAUUUGUUGUGUUUUCAAAUAUGAAAUAUUGAGGUUAGGGUUAUGCCAUGUUUACCAUUUGAUGUCCUGGUGGUAAAAAUAUUAAAUAAGUCAUGUCUUAUAUAGUAAAAUCAAGCAGUAUUAUAAUUUAAAAAUGCAUAUAUGAUUCAAGUAUAUAACUAUAUGAAAUAAACCAAAAAUAAUUAUUUAA